GUUGCUCUGGAGUUGCGGGGGCCACGGGCGGGCCACGGAGGAGGUGGCGCGCGGCAUUGAUCCGUCCCGCCGCCCCAAGCCUCUCCUGAGGCCUCUCUCUGGCGUCCCCCGGGAUCCGAAGGCCCCUGGGACCCGGCGCGGGGAGGAAUAGUGGGAGACUUGACCCCUCCGCCCCCUGCGCACCCACGCGCACACUUAGGCUCGCCUCUCGGGCACCGCUUCCCCUGCAAGGCUCCGAGACCGCCGCGCCACCACCUCGCCCCGCCAGUCAGUCGCUCUGCGAGCCUGUGGUGCAGCCCCGUGACCUCCCGGGUCUGCCCUGAGUCACAGAAGCCAGCACACGCGGUGCGCUGUGUGGGUUCGUGGAACUUGGAGCCGGUAGAGGGGUAUACUGAGGCGCCCUGCGGCCCCCUGGGCUGGGUGUCCACGGCCGGCCGCCCCUCCUGUGCGACCUUGGGGAAGUCCCCUUUCCUCCCCACUCCUGAGUCUCGCAGGCCUGGUAGAGUAUGAAGCUGGCCGGGUGUGCUUUGUGCGAAGGCCUGAGACCUUGGAAAGGGUGGCUGAAGACUGAUCUGGGACAGACCCCCCGGGAGCGGGAGGGAACUUAGUUCAAACCUGUAACAAAAAAGCCCCCCGUCAGCAGCCUGAUUCCCCCUCUGGCCACCAGACUAGUCACCCGUUGCUCUCAGUGGCACUCAGGUUCCAGUAAGGAGGAGGCUCAGGGUCCAAGGCGGCCGUGGAAGAGCAGAAAGGGUGGCCCACCAGCCCCCUACUCAGCCCCUAGUGAGGAGGUGGGAGGCAUCCCCCAUCCUGCCAGGCUGAAGAGACCCCCAGUGGAGCCCAGCACGGCCCCUCCCAAGCCGAAGCCGCCCCCGCUGACCAAGGAGACAGUGGUGUUCUGGGACAUGCGCCUGUGGCACGUGGUGGGCAUCUUUUCGCUCUUCGUGUUGUCCGUCAUUAUCACCCUGUGCUGUGUCUUCAACUGUCGUGUGCCACGGACCCGGAAGGAGAUUGAAGCCCGGUACCUGCAGCGAAAGGCAGCCAAGAUGUACACAGACAAGCUGGAGACUGUGCCACCCCUCAGUGAGCUCACAGAAGUCCCAGGAGAGGAUAAGAAGAAGAAGAAGAAGAAGGACAGUGUGGACACAGUGGCCAUCAAGGUAGAGGAGGAUGAGAAGAAUGAGGCUAAGAAGAAGAAAGGAGAGAAAUGAAGACAUCCUGGACAGCUUGGGCUGGCAGGUCCUGGAGCUCAAGCCGUGGCCGGGGACCAGGCAUGUUGGACUCUGAGCUCAUUUGGGGACCACAGAUUCUGUGGUCAGAGGGGGAAGCUGAGGCCCAUGGCCACAUCCUCAUGGCCCAUCAGGGGCAGGAACCAGACAAUCUAGUAGGUGUCCUGCCCCCCAGCCUAGGCUUGGCUCCUUUCACCCCAUCCACAUGAGUACUGUCUCGGCAGAGGUGGUCUGGUGCCACCAUCCCUCUGCAGAUACACUGCUCUCCCCACCCAGACCUGCCUGUCUCCCACCCUUUCUGCCAGGGAUGGCAGUAGCUGUGAAGGAUUAAUGGGAUAAGGGUUUACUUCAGCCACCCUUUCUGGCACGAAAUGGCUGAAGUGCAUGGGUCAGGGUGUGAGACCACACCCAGACUGGCCAUGAGGAGGCAGAGAGGGUCACUGGGGACAUUGUGGCAGCAGGAGGGACUCUGUCUGGCCAGGGAGGAGCCCCGAUGGUGGGGAGACUUCCCCAAGCCUGGCAAGGGAUCCAGCUCAAGGGAAUGAGUAGAGGUGGCUUCAGAAAUGGAACCCCCCAGCCCAGCAGAUACUAAGCUCAAGGCAAUGGGCUACCCUCAUUUCACACGUUGUGAUGAAGCUGAGGCUGCUGCCAGGCCCGGCAUGAGGCCCCAAGGCUCGAGCUCAGGGCUGGGGGCUGCAGGGCUGGGUCAGGGGUACACAGAGCUAAGGCCAGUGGGCUAGAGGGUGCAGGAAAGAGAGUUGGAGUCUGGGCCCCUCUUGGGAAUCAGAGUAUGUUUAAGAAGCCAAGGGGGACCUCAGGCUGUUCUGGUGGCCCCUUCUAUGCCCAGCUGUGCUGGGAGGUCUCAGGGCCCUAGGAGAUCACAGCAGGGACUUCUGCCUGCUGACCAUAACAGCGCCAGCUUCUUUGCAGCUUCCUCUUCUACCAUUUCCCACUACGGGCACCUAAAAGAAGCAUCUCUGACCAGAAGACAAAGGCCCAAAUAGCACCUGGGGGAGGGAAGAUGCACAGAGGCACUUCCAGAUGGCAUCGAACAGACUAAGGCUCUGAAACCUAGGCCUGAACACUAAGGUCUCGAGACACCAGAGGUUUCUGAGCCAGGAGAGCCUGCUGGAAAAGCAGCCUGCAGAGGUCUGUGAAUAAAGUUGAGUGCCUUCUCAGA